CGUGAUUUAGUCGCCGAAGAAAGCACGGCACGACAAAUCGAUCCCAGUCCGACACCGCGCAGAAACUUGUGACUCGCAGUGUCCCGGAGGUUCUGGAACAUCUUCCGCGGGCCCACUGUCUGAUUUGUCACAUUCCGGAGCACGGGCAUUCCGAAUGGCAAGGAUGGCACUACGGGCCUUCAAAUGUCGCGGUUCACGCUUGCUCGAAGCAGUGAUUUACAAGUCGCCAAUUCGGCCUCUUUCGGUGUUUCGAUCUCGUGUCGAAGAGUUCGCAAGGAUCCAACAGCGUUGAAUUCUUGGUACAGAGUAUGGCCAUAUUUUUUGGAGGAGUUCCCAUGUCAAACGCACUCACUCAGUGGUUGCAAACACCCGAGGAGUACGAAAAGACUUUACAUCCAACCGCCCAAGCCUUCGUUCGCGACACCAAAGCAAUGUGCAAUACGGCUGUCGAUGUUAAAGACUAUCCUAAGUCAUACAUGUUUGUGGCCGAUAUGCCUGGAGUAAAAUCUUGCGACAUUCGGGUGCUAGUUGAAAAUGAUAAUGUACUUACGAUUGCUGGCGAGCGCAAGUUUGAAGAGACCAUCGAAGAAGCUAAAGUUGUUCGGAUGGAGAGAUCUGCUGGAACGUUUCUCAGGAAGUUUACGCUUCCUGCAGAUGCGAACGUCGAUGCCAUCACUGCAGCUUGCUGCGAAGGAGUGUUGACAGUGACGGUACCAAAGAUUCCCCCACCUGAACAAGCGAAGCCAAAGUCAAUUGAAGUGAGCAGUUCUCAGAGUGGAGGGGCGAAAGCAAUUUAUCCCCGACUUUAGUUUCGAUCUUUUGAUAGACAUUUCACAACUCUCAUAAUUGUGUGUGAAUCACAGUAGAAAGAUGAUAAAUCUUGACAAGAAAAGUGAAAAUUAGUACAGAAAACUCAUGGAACACUGCGAGGAUAGCUUUGCAGAAUAAACACCAUAGAGCACUUACUGUUUACUGUAGAAAAAAUUGUAAAUUUGCAACUAGUUGUAAAUGUCAGGAAAGCUGUACAAAUCAAGUUUUGAAUAGAAAUUUGUUUAUGCUAUAGAUAAUGAAAUGGCUCACAUCAUGAACAUGCGUGCCAUCUGUAUGACAAGGAGUUUUAUAAAUAUUUGUUUCCUAGAGCAAGGCA